UAAUGGUUGUGAAUUGCAAUGGCGGCCACUGUGAGUCCGUUCGAUAAAACUGAACGGAGAAGGCUUUGGAUUGGAAAUAUCGACGAAAAAAUAUCAGAAUUCAAUCUACUGAAGUUAUUGCGACGCUACGGUGAAAUUGCCCAGUUUGACUUUCUGUUCCACAAGACAGGUCCAAGCGAAGGGAAACCAAGGGGAUACUGUUUUGUGAGUUUCAAGACACAAGAGGAAGCUGAGCUGGCCAUACAUGGGCUUGAUGGUAAACUUGCUCUGAACAAGAGACUUGCAGUAAAAUGGGCCCAUUCACAGACACCGAACUUCAAGACACAAGAACCAAUUGAAGAUGAGAAAACUUCUCUAGCUCCUGACAAACUGCCAAGCAGCUUUGGGGGCCACCAAUCAACUACUCCAGGCUCAAGUAUGAAGAAACAAGUAGUGAUUAAUAGCAAUGAUGCAAAGAUCCGAGCCAUUGAGAACAAACUGAGACAGAUGGAGAAUGCCAGCGCUGACUUCAAUGUUGUCCCUACAUUCCCUGGUUUAGCAAGAGGCAAGUCCAGCAGACAAGGACACUCUGACAAGCGGUUUAAACCAUACAAGAAGAGGUGACACAAGCAUUAACUCACUUUGUACAGGUGCAAUAUUACAUGUGUAUUAUUCUACCCUCCAUAGUGCUCUGUGACUAACUCCUGGUAUACUUGGAAGUUGCAGGGACAGACUGAAGCAGUCUCAAUUAGUUUUGCAUUUCAUCUUUGUGGAUUGGUUUGAGAAAAUUUGGUGACACCUCACGUUACUCAUCACAUCAGCACAAUUAUCUGGAGAAUUCAGUCUGCUUGGUUGCUAAAAAACCAUUGAAGGUACCUGUUCUCCAGGUAGUUGGAUCGUGUUUUCCCUAUCAUGCUCACUCAACAUUGGCACGCAGCGGGGUAUAUGUUGAGUUAACUGGACUUGGGCAUUGAGAGGGUCAUAAGCCUUUCACCUUUUCACAUGUACAGGCAAUUUGUUAAGGAUUUUAAUUUAGAUGUGAAGCAAUUAUGUCCAAAUUGCUUUUAGGCUUCUUCUUUUUUAUACAUGUAUACUGCUGUUAAUGUUAUGGCAUGUUACCAGAGUGCUUCCAAGUAGCAAAGUUAAAAAGUACAAUGUAUAAGAAGUUUCUGUCAAAUUUCCUGCAUUUGAAGAAUAAUGAAACUCACCAAAACAUUGUGGAUGAUCUCAAAGAAAAACUGGAUAAAGGCAUGAAGUCAAUAAAGCCUUGAAUAGAGUCAUGGCUAAGUGUUCUAAUAAAUUUGACUGUUUCAGCUAAAUGAUUAAGAAAUUCAGUGAGGGCGAGCUGGGCCUUCUGCCUGUAUUGAUCAGAUUAUCUCCAUAACCAUAGUAAGCUAAAUGCAAGACCGUUAGCAUGUGCCCGCCCUCUCUCGUUUAAAGUCCAAGGAUUGGGUCAGACUGACGCUCAUAUCUGGAGAAUGCACGAGGGUGUACAGAAUUUCAUCAAGGUUGGAAUUUUAGCUCUGAACAGACUAGAUGAUGUUCUUGCAAUAUUUAAGACCAACCUUAUUGCAAAAAAUUUAACAAAUCUUUGCCCAACCUAAAAAUGGAUUGAAAUUUCUCUUAAAAAGUGCCGAGUCAUGGUGAAUUGCACUUCAUUGCAUUUUUGUCACAUUGUACACUUUCCUCUUUUUUGGCAUAUAAGAAAUCUCAUCUGUCAUUUACUAAAUUGAGGUAUCAAAUUUGCUUAGAUUUUGGUCUCCAGGUCUGAUUUCCAAAGAGCUACAUGGAAUAGAUGUGUAAUUUUGGGUAGUUUUUUUACAUGUAGAGUCCAUGUGCUCCCUUUAAAGUACAUAUAUGGACGAGUACUAUCCCUCCUUUGAAGAAACAAGCCCAAAGAGUCCCACUAAGGUUGAUUUCAUACCAGAGAUGUUUUGUGGUCAGUGGCUGGGCAUAUGGCCCUUAGCAGUACAUUCAAGGUUGCACAAGAGCAUAUCAGUACAUUCAGUCCACACUUGUGCUCUUUAUAAACUGAUAGAUAAUGUAGAUUGUACAGUAAUUAUUACUGGUUGAACUCCUCAUAAAGGCUCCAUUUGAAAAUAAUUUGCUGUUAUUGACUCCUAGACAAGAGUACAUGUAUCAAGUUCAAGUGAACAUUAAACUGAGCUCUGGUGAAGUAAAUUGUUCCCGAUAGAUA